GAUCUCAAAGCUUUUGAAAGAAGACUUACUGAAUAUAUUGCAUGUUUGCAACCAGCUACAGGACGUUGGAGAAUGAUUCUGAUAGUGGUAUCAGUCUGCACAGCAACUGGUGCUUGGAACUGGUUAAUAGACCCGGAGACACAAAAGGUGUCAUUUUUCACAUCACUUUGGAAUCACCCGUUUUUCACAAUUAGCUGUAUUACCCUAAUAGGCUUGUUCUUUGCUGGAAUACAUAAAAGAGUGGUGGCACCAUCAAUUAUAGCAGCCCGAUGUCGAACUGUUUUGGCAGAAUAUAAUAUGUCCUGUGAUGAUACUGGAAAAUUAAUUUUGAAACCUAGGCCUCAUGUUCAAUAAGGGCUGUCUUCCUUCAGUUUUUUCCACUGCCAGGGAAACCAAAAAUGACCUUUUCAAGGUAGUGUGACAGCAAAAAACCAAACAGGACUGGUUGUCGCUACCUGGGAGUGAAAGUCUUACACAGUUGACAGUGAAAGUGUGCAAUAUUACUUUCUUGAAUAUUUACCCAAAUUCUUUGUUAUCAUAUUAUCAGUGCUUUUGCUACUUCUGAUUACCUCUUUUUCAGUAUUAGUGUCACUUUUUUACUUCAGCUAGAACAGAACAUACAGGUGAAGUAUGUUAAUCGGCUAUGAAGUUGAACUUGAAAAUCAAACCUCAUUUGUGCUAUAUGUCUUUGUAAGCUAUUGUAAAUAGCAGAUUGAUGCCAAUGUUCAGGAAAAGAAGUAAUAUUCGCUGUAUGGCUUUUUUUGUCCUCAUGAACAGUAUUGAAAGGAACACUUACCAUUCCCAUGAUGUUUUAUUAGCACACUCACUCAUUAUAGCUGUCCUUGUCUCCUGGUCAUUCUUUUUGGAACUGGUUAAAAGGCUUGCAGAAAGACUGUCCGUCUCUGCUGGAGAAAACUGGUCUUACUGUUUAAGAACUUUGCAAAUAUAUCAAGGAUCACAUUUGUCAAAUUGUGUAUAUAGUGCACCAGCCGCUUUCAUUGUGGUCAUACGUAGCUCCCUGUUUGAUCUGGUUCACAACACUGCUAUUUUAAGAUUUUAAUAUUUUAAAAAUUGUCUUAAAUAUGCUUGUAUCUUCCUGAUUGUAAGGUUGUACUGUAUCUUAAGUCCACAUGACUGUUUUGAGUGGAUUUUUAUGCUGUGAUAGUCUGAAUAUGAAACUAGUAUUGCAAAUGUGUAACUUCAGAUUUGGUGAAGAAAAUAUAAAGAGUGCCACAAUAAAAUAACACAAUUUGUUAUUCAGAGUGUUAAAAACAAGGUGUGGAUGUUAUACGCACAAAGUGUAACUUUUGAAUAACUAAAAUUGUAAGGAGUUUCAAGAGUUUAAGCUGUUCAAGGUGCCUUUUUAAUUGUUUCAAACUCUUUUAAUUGACUAAAACUGUAAAGCUGUUGUGACUUCAGUAACUCCUACUACAAGGUAGACUGGCUUUUAAAGGCAGCCUAUUGAUGUAACUUUGUCAGUUGAGACAUUAAGAAUUGUCUCCUGGAAUUUUUCCAGUAAGUCUUCUGCCCAUCCAUUAUUUUUAAUUGCUGUAUAUUUUGUAGGUUAAUGUGUAUAAAAUAAAUUCUUUGUAUAAACAGAUGUUAUCUUCUUUUGUGCUGUGCAAAUACAGAUCUCAAAUGAACACAGAAGAACUUCAGAAGUUUAUAGCUGAAGUCUGUAACUUUCAUCCCGGACCAACAUUUCCAGUAUUUCAUGCGGUUCUUACUAGCUAAGAUACUGACACCAGAGGGAAAGUCCUUCCAGUUUUCCAUCCUACAGGUCAAUCCUGCCGUCUCUGCAGCAUCCAAGUGCUGAAGUGAGAGAGUAUGCCUGUGCCAGUAUUUCCAAGCUGUUGCAGCAGAAGCAUGUAAUCCCAGCCUUUCUGCAGAGAGAUGUUGUCCGGUGUUUAGGACCGCUGUUGAUGGAUCACAGUUUAGCUGUUCGUGAGACAGCUGCAGGUGCUCUCCGAAAUCUGAGUGCUUGUGGAGGAUUUGAAGUCUGUGAUGACAUGGUGACAAAAGACAUCAUGACACCCCUUGUCGCACUUCUGAAGGAGUGUAGCAUUGGACUAGAUGCUAACCAGCUGUCUCCAAAGAAAUGCAGAGAGAUGAACAAAAAUUAUAUUGAAGACAUAGCCAACGAGGCUAUUAAUUUGCUGUGGAAUGUAUGUGAAUGCAACAAUACCGCAGUAUCCAUAUUCAAUAAAGAAGGAUGUCUGGAGGCUGUGUUACAUUACAUGAAGAAAUUUUCCACCAAUGUGGAUCUGGCUAUUUCAGUAGCAAACUGCUUGCAGGCAGUGACGGAAGAUAAUCCAGAUCUUCUUUCUUCAUUCAAUGCUUAUGCACAACAAGUGUUGGAAACCGUGAUGUUGUGUCCAGAGAGCACAAUGAAGCAUAUCCUUCUGAGAACACUGAUAGCAGGCACCUUCUGGAAUAUCAAGGAUACCAUUCCAACAGCCAGCCUGGGAAGCAUGGUUAAUGCAAUCCUGAAGAUUUUUUCAGAAUCAUUAGCAAUAGAUGCUGGUGAAACAAUUAUUCGUAUGAAUGAAGCUGAAAAAAACAGGCUAAAACUUGCUGCGGAGGCAGAAGCUGAGGAAAACAUGAGUGAUGUUACAGAUAGCCGUGUUUUGACUGAAGAUGAUGACAUGGAAGAAAUACCAAAAGGAAAAGUCAGAAGAGAAAAUGACAUUUCAGACCUACUUCCAUCUGAUAAGUGGGAACUGAAAGAAGUGACAGCAUUACUGAUGGCUCAGCAGACUGCUCUGGAAAUCAUUGUUAAUAUGUGCUGCAGUGAAGAUCCCUCUGAUGACGAAUGGGAAGAACUCUCCAGCAGUGAUGAAAGCGACUUGUUUAUGGAAAACUCAUACAAUGAGGGGGGCGGGCUGCUAAUGUCACCUCUGUGCCUCUCUGAUGAGGUUAACUCAGCAUUUCUGAACAACCUCAUUCCAAAGAAGAUUCUUGAAAAAACUGCUUUUCCGAACAGUGUUGCUCUAGACAUCUGUAUGCACAAUCCGUCUUGGAAACCAUUAAUUAAAAAACUGAAUGCAGUGCAGUGUAGAGCCUUAACAUGUCUUCAUAGCAUUUUGUUAGUGUCAGAUGUGGAUUGUCUUGGAGGAGUUUCAGCACUUCAGUCCCUUGCACAGCAUCUCUCGCAGCUAGUCUUUUCUAAAACGGAACUCCCUACAGACACAGAAUUCCUGGAAGCCAUAACCAGCGCUUUGAGGGCUCUCCUACAAACAAUGGCAUCAAAGAACAUCUCCCAGUGUAUGACUCCUGAGCAGCUAUUGGCUUUAUGUGAAGCUGGUAUUCACAGCAGCAAUGCCAGCGUUAAAGUGAACGUAGUGAGCAUCCUUGGAAUUUCUGGCAGCGUCCUGGCAAAAGGACAAGAUACAGCUGAAACACUAAAGAUGAUUGGAAAAUUUCUUCUUGAGGUUGCUAUGAAGGAAUCUUCUCUUGUGGUAGCAGGGGAAGCCUUGGAUGCACUUUUUGAUGUAUUUGCAGAUGGUAAAGAAGCAGAAAAGGCGGCGGUACAGAUCAAGUUGCUUCCAGCACUGAAAGAAUUUCAGCCAGUGUUCAAAAUGAGGAUGCGAAAAGAAGGCAAAGGACAAUAUAGUACAGAUCAACUGUGUGUUCUUGACAAUGUGAAGAUGAAUUUGAGAAGAUUCAUUGCAUAUCAGGAGACACUAGGGAAAACCCCAACUUGAAACAUCGAGGAACUUUAAACUAAGGUUUCCGUUACUGAAUAAUAUUUUCAAAAAAUAUAACCGUUUUGAACUUCUAAAAUUUAUUGAGCAGAGCAGUUUUGCUUUCAUAUUAAUACUGCAUUUUUUUACGUUCAGUAUUUUUAUACUUCUGGGUUGAUGCAAUAUGAAAGUCACAUCAGCAUAAAAAGACAUAGCAUACUUUGAGAUUAAGUGUUAGCAGUGAUAAGAAUGUGCUCUUGCAGUCCUGAGGUCUGUACAUAGCACCCCUGUCAUUGUUUAGAAAUUCUCACAUAUCCUGGUGGAAAACUGUAAUUGCAUGAAAAAGUAAUUUAGAGAAUAUUCUCGGUUACAUGUCAGAUCAAGAAAAAAAUUUUAAAGCUUAAGAUAUUUUUCGGGGAAUCGAGCAGUGGCAGAAUGUUCAUAUUUGCUAUUUGCUCUUACCUAUUUCUAGAAUUGCACGGGCACUUACGGCAAGCUUCUCAAGAGAAGUGUGUGACAAGGGUGUAGAUUACUGUCAGCACUUGGAUCUGUUACUUCAUGAGGUUCAUCAGAGAAAACUGUUUCAGAUUCAUUUAUGAUCAAUUCAGUAUGAAGGCUUUUUGCUGUGGAAAUCAGUGUAAGAGGAUCCUAUGCUUAUACGCAGCUCCCUGUUUUUACUUUAUUUUGGUUGGUAUUUCUGAAAAUCAAGUCUCCUGAUCUACUUUCUUCCUUGUAAUUCUACGUCAGGAUGAAUUUGAAUUCAGGGAAGUAGUAAACCUAAUAAAAAGUAAUUUUUUGUAUUGA